AUCAGAUGUUAUUUUAUGCUUUCCGUUUUUCCCACGUGCAAACAAAGGGCAGCCACCAUGGCACUCCCCGCCUGACCGACUCAGUAAGUUUAUAUUUUAUCUGAAAAGACUGAAAAGAAAAAAUAACUUAACUUUGUAUCACACAACAUAUAAAGACAGUAAACACAUUUUCAUUUAAAACUUCAAUCCUGGAAGCUUCACAUUCAAAUGGAGUGCAUGCACACAUACACACACACAUACACACACCACACAAAUGUAUUCAGAGCUACGUGGAGAGGCGACAUGCUCCUGUUACCAGCAAAGGAGUGGGAUGGGCUGAAGAAGGAUUAGUCACUUCAGUCCUGGAGCACAUAUAACAUGUCUCCUUAGGACUCACUACAGUUUCCGUGUGAAUAACAAGGAAUUAAUAUCUCUCAAAAACAGAAAGACGACAAAAAUGGACCAAUAUGAUGAUGACUCCAGCUACAAUGACAGUGACUAUGAAUUUGAUAUUGAGCACACAGUCUGUGACAAAGCAACUGUGCGUUCUUUUGGUGGCAUCUUCCUCCCCAUCAUAUACGCCCUGGUUCUUGUGGUGGGCCUGGCUGGGAAUGCUCUGGUUGUGGUGGUCUACUCAUCACGGCUGAGACUCCGAACCCUUACAGAUGUGUGCAUCUUGAACCUGGCUAUUUCAGAUCUGCUGCUUCUCUUCACCCUUCCAUUCUGGGCUGCUGAUGCCGUCCAUGGCUGGAAGUUGGGUGAAGCAGCCUGUAAGCUCACAUCCUUCCUCUACAGUACCAACUUUGGCUGUGGCAUGUUGCUGCUGGCGUGUAUCAGUGUGGAUCGGUAUCAGGCUGUAGCCCGAAAUCCGACAGGUAGAGCUGGGACAGCCCAACAAGUGAAGCUGCAAUGGCUCCUGAUAUGUGGUGUGCUGUGGGUAUUAGCCAGCAUUCUAGGCCUCCCUGAACUUAUCUUCUCCACAGUGAAACACACUCAUCACAGAACUAGCUGCAUACCCAUCUAUCCAAACUGGAUGGCUCAACCUGCAAAAGCUGCCUUUGAGCUGCUGGAGGUGAUCCUACGAUUCCUCCUUCCUUUUCUGGUCAUGGUGACGUGCUACUUCUGGGUGGGGCGGGCGCUGAGUAAAGCUACAGGGGUACGGAGAGAACGGAAGUGGCGUGCUCUGCGGGUCCUCCUGGCUGUGGUGGCUGUAUUCCUGCUUACUCAGUUGCCCUUCAAUGUGGUCAAGCUGUGCAGGGCGAUGGACAUCAUUUAUGUCCUUGUAACCGACUGUGACGUCAGCAAAAGCCUGGAUCAUGCUCUGCAGGUGACAGAGAGCCUGGCGCUUACCCACGCCUGCAUUAACCCCAUCCUCUACGCCUUCAUUGGGUCUUCUUUCAGAGGUCACGUCCUAAAAGCUGCUAAGCACCUUGGACAGCAACUUGGGAGACACUCGAGGCAAGUCAAUGAGGAACCAGCAGUGGAGAUUGCGCUCCACACGCCCAGUCAGAAUCAGUCCCAGUCUGGUUCAGAAGACCAAGAUACCAGCACAUUCACUAUCUAAGACUCCAGCAUUUAUCUAUUAUAUGCACACAUAAUAUUGCAUGUGCAUGUACUGUACAAGUAUUUACAUACAUUUACUAUUAUACAACCCAGAUACCAAUAUGCACGCAUUAAGCUAAAACAUGUACAUCGACUUAAUAUGUACUGAAGUAUUUUGUAUAAAUUAUGUAUUUUCUUAAAUAAAAGAACAAAGCUUUCA